GUGGCAGCCUCCCGUCGGGACCGUUCAUGAGCCCUGGGAGCCAUGGGACCCUUGCAGGGGCGGGCGCGCGCGCGCCUGGGUCUGGGGGAGGGCCUCCUGCGGGAGGCGACCCGAGAGUUUCUAGACUGACUGGGGAUUAGCUGGGGAAAAAGAGUAAAAAGCCUUCCAGGCAUUGGGACUGUCACGUGCGUAAGAACAGUUUGUUCGGGAAACUGGUAGUGGUUCGUUCUGUCGAGUGUGGCAAGUGCUUGGGACAGUGGCCGUGCCCUGGACAUCGCCUGUCUUGAUGCUUUCCACUCUUCCAGCCCCUUAAGAGUGAAGGCAAUUUAGCGCCCAACUGUGGAAGGAGGACGUUGAUCCGGAAGAGCUGACGCACACUUUGAGUUUGGAGGGAAAAGUAGGUGUUAGUGCUGGGGGAAAGAGGGUUUUAAGUGCAGAGGCUGGCAAGUAUGAGAGGGUUAGAGGUGUUUGGAAAAGGAACGGGUGAAUAAAGAUUGAGGACACAUUGGGGGAAGAUGUGCUGAGGCAUUGAUACAAAAUUUACACAUAACAAUCCCUAUGCAUACAUAGCUUGUCAAGCCAUGCUGUGGCAGCGUCCCAUAUACAAAAUAGAGGAAGGUGGGCACAGAUGUUAUCUCAGGGCUAAUCUUCCUCAGCAGAAAGAAAAAAAAAAUCACUUGGAGACAAUUAUACCUGAGCAGUGGGUUGCAGAGGCGACCUGACUUGUUUAGUAGAUGUUAAGGACAAGAAGGAAGCAUUUGAGGGCCGAGUGCCUGCUGAAGCUGCUGUGAUUUUAGAAAACUUGACAAAAAGAUGGAAUCUGUGUGUGACUGGGAAAAUCGGCUGGUUUUGGUCACCUUAGAAAAUUAAGGAGGGUAUCCCCAGGGGCAGAGCAGCAAGGACGAAGGAGUGGCAGCAGGAAAAGGGAGGGGUCUUAUAGGACUCCAGAUUUUGGAGUCCAGGGACUCCAAAAGUAUAACUGGAACUGAGGGCAGGAACUCCUUGUGUGUGGAUUUCCUAAAGACAGGUUCCUUGGCUUUCACUUGUCCACUGGGCAGUCCUGGAUUAAUCGUUGAGUUAAACGUGAAGACCUCAUCAUGUUCACUGGUGGCAGAAGUAGCUGGGCACCUUUUGCUUCAGUUUUGCCUGGAUCCUUAUCAUGGGGGCAAAACCCUUCUGCCACUACAAUCUGUACAGUUAUUACAGGUAUUAGGGUUACCUUGCAAUCACACUACUGGGGACAAGCACAGGCCUGUAUGAAGGAGUUGGAUUCUGCACCUGAAGAUUGUUUCUUGUAUGAAUCUUCAUAGUCUCAAACUGGGAAUAAAAGAGUGCCUUUGGUGUCAUUGGCUUCCAAGCCAUCAGGAUGGCUGCUUUGUAGCAGGUGGCACAGUAGGGUGGUGUCUGGUGCCUGUGAUGAAGAAGCAAGAGCCCAAACUUGGAAACGAGAUGCAGAGGUGCCCUCCAAGCUGGCAGCAGCCGUUUAGGAGAAAAAUAGGGAAUCAGCUGUAGUCAAGGAGCUAAGUAAGCCGCUUGACUGCUUGGGCCAGGCAUGGAAGGGAGUAUGGCGUUGAGAAUCAGAGGAAGGAACCCUGAAGGGAAACAGACACGAGCAGCAUGGGGUACUGCCACUGUUGUUCACCUAGAGGUGCUCCUUUCAGAGCUCAGGCUGGGCGCUGUUUUCAGAAAGGAAGCAGUUUCUUUUACAGGCUCAACUGAGGAUUUCUGUCAAAUCUGUCGUUGGUCACUUCGUGUAACCCUGUUCAGCAUUAUCUCAGUGUGUUCAUUUAGCUCCUGUGCCUAAGAAUGCUGAGAUUAGAGCCAAGGCAGGUGGAGACUUUUGUAAAAAUGGUGCAGGAAAGGCUAGAGGGGCCAGAGAGGAGACUUGGUUAUGCAUCAAGGACCCAUCAAAGGCAUCUCAAACAGGGAAAGAUCUGACAAGAUAAAGCUGCCGGAGAAUGGACAGUGAGGUCCAGAGAGAUGGAAGGAUCUUGGAUUUGAUUGAUGAUGCUUGGCGAGAAGACAAGCUUCCUUAUGAGGAUGUCGCAAUACCACUGAACGAGCUUCCUGAACCUGAACAGGACAACGGAGGCACCACAGAAUCUAUUAAAGAACAAGAAAUGAAGUGGACAGACUUAGCCUUACAGUACCUCCAUGAGAAUGUUCCCCCCAUAGGAAACUGACCCUCGGCUCCUUUUUCAUGGACAGAUUUUUAAAAAAUACAUAGAUGCAGAAUGUUU